UUUCGCUGUCGGACAGAUUCCGUUGACAUUGCUAAGGAGGAGGAGCAGCGGGCACAGGUGUUACCAAACCUGAAGCUUUUAUAGCAGGGAGCUGCAAAGAAGUGGCAGCCCGCUCCUCCUCGUCUGUAACACCAGGACUUGGUGGAGUCAUGUACCGGCGGACGCUGCAGGUCGCCGCCAGGAGCGUCGUUAAUGCGGCCGCGUGCAGAGCCGCCUGCGGAAAGACAUUGGAACCAGAGACGUGUUCUCGAGCUUUAGCUGCCUGUCAGCUGGCCAAAGUCAGUGCUCCAUGUUCAACACCAUGUCGGACGCUUCACAUCACCACGCAGCUCCGUAAUGUGAAGGAGACGCCUCAGCACUCAGAGGAGGAGGUCGGGGCCUUCACCAAGCUCAUCGAGGCCAUGGGCUUCACAGCUCCACUCAAAUACAACAAAUGGAAAAUCAAGAUUGCUGCCUUGCGCAUGUACACAUGUUGUGUAGAGAGAAUCAACUACGACGACUUCUUUGAGAAAUGCUCCCUGCCUGACACUCUCAACUCCUGGUUCCUGAUUGCACAGCUGCAUGUAUGGAUGUGUUUGGUGCGGAUGCGUCAGGAGGGCAGAGAGGGGAAGUACAUGUGCCGUUACAUCGUCCACUCCAUGUGGGAGGACGUAGAGCAGAGGAGCAAAAUCAUGGGGAUCGAUGCCAUCCACCGAAAGGAGGCCAUGAAAGCCAUGACCGAAACCUUCUAUGCAGCCAUAUUUGGAUACGAUGAGGGAAUCCUGUCUGAUGACUGCGUGCUGGCUGCAGCUCUUUGGAGGAACCUGUUCAACCGACAGUGUGAAGACCCCAAACAGCUGGAGCUCAUGGUGGAAUAUGUUCGCAAACAGAUGCAGUUCAUCGAUGCUCUGGAUGGGGAGGACCUGCUGCUCACAGGUGAGGUGAAGUGGCGCCCUCUGGUGGAGGAGAACGCUCAAAGCAUCCUGAAGGUGGUCACACCCACGUACAACGACACGGGGCUGUGAGACGACGUCCACAUCCUCUUCUUCUCUUCAUGUCAUGUUUUUCUUCUUCUUUGUAACAUUUCGGCUCCUCAUUGUAUAAGAUUUGAGGUCUGUUGCUGUAGCUUCUCUUUUCUGCUCCUGUUCUUCUUCUCCUUCUCCCCCACAUGAGUGUGUGUGUGGAGGUUCACUAUAAGCAGCUUAGGCAGUCAAAGAUUAUGAAUCGGGCCUCCAUCUUCAUUCGCCAUCGUCAUCCUGUCAGGUUUGAGAGCCUCUGCAGAAACUCAGACUGUAUUUAUAUUUAUAUUUUUGACACGAAUGCCGCUCUGUAUUUGUAAAAAUGUUGAAUACCUCCAUGUUUACACUCUCCCCUGCAGACCAGAGACUUGUCACUGCUCUUUCACUGUGUUUAAAUAAAGUUUCACCUGGAUGGCU